CGUUCGUGUCCGCUUUUUUGCUCGACUUUCCUGAACCUCUCAACAACCUAACAGCGCAUUUACCUUCAGGUCGAGCUAUGGGAGACGCGAGCAACACCGAGAAGGUUCAGCUGCACACCCCAGAGCUGGAAGAGCUGCGUGGCGUAUUACAAGCAGGACUGGAAACCAACUUUGCUGAAGUUCAAGUGAGUGUUGUGGAGUGUCCGGAUCUCACCAAAGAACCUUUCCAGUUUCCUGUCAAAGGCUUGCGUGGAAAUCCUCGCAUCACUGAUGUUGGCGGUGUACCAUAUCUGGUGCCUUUGGUUCGAAAGGACAAGGAAUACAACAUGAACACUGUAUCAAAGGAGGUGGAGCUGCCGGGAGCGUUCAUCCUCGGUGCAGCAGCUGCGCCCUCCAGAAUAGUUGGAAUGAACGCAGAGCUGAUGCCUCUGGUUCUGACCGAGGCGGAGGGAAGGCCUGCAGUGAACAGCAGCUACUUCUCCUCCAUCAAUCCAGCUGACGGCCAGUGUCUGCUAGAAAAAUACAGAGAUAAAUUCUCAGACUGCAACUUCGGUCUGCUGGGCAAUCUGUACGCCUGCGAAGGGAAACCUGGAAAGGUCAUAGAGGUUCGGGCCAAGAGGAGAACAGGAAGCCACAGUCUGGUGACAGCCUUGCGGACGACCCUUGAAGGUCAUUACCCUGAUAAAAGUCUGGCUCUGGGAGGCACCUUCGUCAUCCAGAAAGGGAAGGCUAAAAUCCACAUUAUGCCAAGAGAGUUUUCGGUCUGCCCCCUCAACACCAACGAUGACGUCAACAACUGGCUCAAGCACUUCGAGGUCAGCGCUCCACUCAUCUGCCAGUCGGUGCUCGUAUCCAGAGACCCUGGCCUGGAUCUGCGUGUGGAACACACCCACUGCUUCAGCCACCACGGUGAAGGUGGCCACUACUACAUCGACACUACACCUGACAGUGUGGAGUAUCUGGGCUACUUCAUGCCUGCAGAAUUUGUCUAUCGCAUCGACAGGCCAAAGGAGACCCACGGAGUUGGACGAGACUGAAAAACUGCAUAAAACAUGUUGGCAGCACAGAAUCUUUCGAUAAUCUAAACCGAUGUGAUGAAUAACUGAAUCAUUUAAAGCAUCUUACAUUUCUGAAAUACAAAAUUGCUACACUAAUAAAAUAAAUGAAUUCCAAUGAAGUGAUCUGGAUUGUCUGGUGUAGGAACUUUUGUUACCUCUGAAGAGGAAAAAAUGUGCACUUGGGACUUUGACCUACAUAUGUGCCUGCCAGCUCUACUACGGUGGAAAAAAAGUUGUGCAACAUGGGGCAAAAUAUACUGUUACACUAAGUAAAAACCCCUCCGGCCCACCCACCCACAUCCUGUAUUCACUAUUUGUAUGAUUAGGCUUUUUGUAGGUGUGUGCAAAAUGUGUUUAAUAUCCACUUCACAUCUCUUUCUCACUGGCUAAGGCAGGGUUUGAUGGCUGUGCUGGUGCAUAAGAAGCCACGAGGUGAGAGACUUCCACUGCAUAUUCAAUAGAAGCUGCGAGUGUAUAACUGUGUUCCCCAAAGCCCUGAUGGUUUUAAAGUAAAGCAGAUUUGUGUUAUUAUAAAUAAACCUUUCCUCAGAGGAAAGCUAACAUAGUGACACUGAUGGGAAAAUGUGUUGCUUGUGAAGCUCUACAUUAUUUAAUUCAUAAACUAAGGUAAUGUGA